AUGCAGAAAUACAGCCUCAAAAGCAUAUAUGCAAAGCUAUAUGUGGAAGGGGAUCAUGUAGAUUGGGACAAAUUUAUUUGGAAUAGGAUUUCUAUUCCAAAGCACAGAGCUAUUGCUUGGCUGGUGAUGAAAAAUAGGCUAAAUACAGCAGAUAGAUUGCUGAAUUAUGGCCUAAUAAAUGAUGAUAAAUGUCAAUUGUGCUCUACAGGCAGAGAAACUCAUGAACACUUGUUCUUUCAAUAUUCUGGAGAAACAGAAGAAUUUCAAGCUUUAAGAAAAAAAGUUCUGGCUGCUGUGAUGAAAGCUGGUGUAUACUUCAUCUGGUGGGCAAGAAAUGAGGCAGUGUGGAAUCUUGUUGGUUGGAGGCCUACUCAGAUUGUUCAACGUGUGAAAAGUUUGAUACUUCUUAGGAUUAGCACUGUUAUUCCUAAGAAAACUUCUAUUGAUGAUAGAGCUUGGUUUGACUUGCUUAAGAGUAGAUAG